UAAGCAGGAGUUGUGUUGUCUAGUCAUGCGUUCAGACACUCAAGCGGUCACUGUAUUUUUUGUAAUUAUUUUUCUUAUUUUUGUAAAUGCCUGGCUGCUGUUCCAGCUUUCUUUUGGAUAACAGUAUUGUUUUUCUUAAUGAAGAGGAUCUUUCCAAUCCAGCACUGGAUAUAUGGGCUAUUUUUGAGGAUUUUAAAGAUUCACUGUUGUCUUUUUACUUGAUGGCAUAUUGUUUUCGUGUCCUAGAGAUUUUCUCGUUGAAUAGAAUUCACAUUUUGUAAAUAUGUCACUUUUUUUAUUGUAUCUUUUGUUGGGUGGCUCGGCGCGUUGAGAUUAAGUUUUUAUUUUGAAAGGCUCUACCGGAAGUUUCGGGGAAUCUUUUUUUGUUCUCAUUAUCGGAGAUUUUAAAUCAUAUUUGUUUCUUAUUUUCACCCAGGUAAAGACCGUUAUCAGAUCAUAUACUCUCAUUAAUUUUCCGCCAAACGUACUUGUAUUUUUUUUUAAACAAAACACGUUGCGGUGACGCUAGCGUUUAAAGCAGCAAAUGAAAAGCCCUAAGGAAACGGAGAUAACGGUAAAGACAAUAAUACAUGGAUGUAUAAACCUGACAUAAGGCCUGUUUGUGUAAUUAAAAAAUCAGCCGAUACAGCCUAACAGACGUUGUAAACAAACAAACAGCCAACUCGUCAGUGAAGGAAACACACGGCAUGUCUGGAGGAUAAACCCACAACAACACACGGUGCCUGCUGCUGCACGCGCGCCGUCUUCAUGGGUUCGGUUGCUCGGUGAUAACAGACUGUAAUCUGGCCGGAGGUUAACGGUUGUUGUUGCCAUGGCGAGGUCAGCUGCUGGUUGCUGUCGUGGCUCUCUGGGCUUUUUAUAGUCCUGCUGGACAGUUCACGUUCUGUAGGACAAACCGAAGACAGCGCGCGACCUUGGAGGACGUUGCCAUGGAUUUAACGCGGCUGGCUGUGGAUGCGGGUCAGUUCAUCAACCGGGCCGUUCAGUACACGGAGGAGAGUCUCGGCCAGGCGGAGAAAACAGGGCUGAACUCCGGGCUGGAGGAGCGCCUGGCCCUGGUAGAAGCCACCAAGACCUGGACAGACCAGAUCAUCUCCCAGACUGAGGUUCUACUGCAGCCCAAUGCAGGAGCCCGGUUGGAGGACCGGCUGUAUGAGCAGCUGGACUGGAGCGUGCCCCCUCGGCCUCAUGCUCAUGAGGUCCUGGGAGACCACAUGACCCAGGCUGGGCUGGAGAUGGGGUCCAACACACCCUAUGGAACUGCACUGCUCAGGUUCGGAGAGACUCAAAAACGGCUUGGUGAGACGGAGAGGAAUUUGGUCCAAAGCACCAACAUCCACUUUCUCACCCCUCUGAGGAGUUUCACCGAGGGAGAAUACAGAGCCAUGCAGGAUGAGCGCAAGAUGUUGGUGAAUAAGCGUUUGGACUUGGAUAUAGCUAAGACCAGACUGAGAAAAGCCCACGAAGCCGACAGAGAGGGCAGAAACCUGAAUGCAAACCCGAUGGAGGACGACUACAUGGCUCACGUCUCUUACAUGUUCAGCUUCCUGCGGGUCAAAUGGCUAAAGAUGUGGGCUCAGGAAAUCUCUCAGGCAGAGAUGGAGCUGGGUAUCUGUCAGAGUCUGUUCAAUCGACAGACAGAAAUUACAGGACGAGUUGUGGAAGGAAUCAGCAACACUCACACCAACCACAUGCGGAGCCUGACGGACUUUGUGGAGGCUCAGGCCUGUUACUUCGACCAGUGCAACCAGCACGCUCAGGAGCUUCAGAAGCAGCUGGCCAGCAUCCCAAUAGUCCUCUGCUCCAAUAACUGGCAGUUAGCCAUUGGUGAUGAAGUUACGCAGCUGUCCCCAAACAACCACGUAGCCAAUGAGCCUGUCGGGUUAAAUCAGGUCACUGCAGUUCCCAUCGAAGUUCACAACAACCCAGACUUCAGCCAGGAUUCAUGGACUGCGAAUCCACCGGCCUCCACUGAAAAAUCAACAGCUUCCACUGUAACCACACAGCAAAAUAACAAUCACAACAACAACAACUUAUUUUCUGAUCGCCCAGCAACCAGCCACUGUUCAGUCGUCAAUCAAGCACUUCAUCAUGUCUCUACAGCUAACUCGGACAGUCAUUGCACCAAUCGCAGCGCAGCGCUCAGCAGAACAACGAGCGCACAAAACACCGCCGCAACUGGUAGGGGGACAACAACAGUUCCCCCACCUUCUCAUCUCACUGGAAAUGAGUCUCACAAUGGGAAUGCAUCAGCCAGUGACACCGCAACAACCGAUGACAUGACAACUGAGACUUUAACAACCAAUGGCAUGUCGGCUGAGCCCCAAACAGCCAAUGAAAUUGCAAGCAAGCAAGCAACCCACCAUUAA